CUUUAAGCGAAAAAAGUCUAUUUAAGCAAGCUCACUGUGCCAACAUUUCAUCAAAUCGCAAAUCACAAAAGAGAUUUAUUUUGAGAAGAAAAUUGACAGUACAACUCCAAUUUGUUCUUCACAAGGAGUGCCAGGUUCUUCGGACGAAAUGCAAGUUUUAGGUGAAAUUUGUGAAAAUUUAUCACUAUCACAGCAAAUUAGCGACGAUGAUUUGGAGCGCGUGAAAAGAAACUUCUUGAACCUGCAGACAGAGACAAUUACUGCCUUGAUGGACGCAUUUGAGAUAACAUGGCAAAAAACAUGUAGUCGACGUCAAUUGGAGAUCGUCAAGAAGCUACUAUUGGACGAAAUGACGAGUCGUGGCCAAAUGGAAAACGAUGCUUAUUGUCAAAGUUUAGCGCUCGAUAUUGCUGCCGGGAAUGGCAAUUUGACGAGGGUAAAGCAACUGUGUGAACCCCAUCUCAACCAGCCGCUUGCUCGUAAUAAUUCAGUUCGCUAUGGGCUAGCUAUACCGGUUGUGCGGGCAUCUAAUGCAGGGCAUAAAAAGGUCACUGACUACCUUUAUUACAAUCAUUAUAAGAGAACCCUUCCUCUUGUUUUGGAGAAUGAUAAUGAUGUAUAUUGGGCUACAUGUCUCCUUCUCGAUGCCAUAUUUUAUGGAUUUCUUGACAUUGCGUUGGACAUCAUCAAGCAUUUACCGUCUGUGGCCGUGACUAAACACGCAAGGCAAAGAUUACCUAUUUAUAAGUUCAUAGCUGUGAAACCUGACCUGUUUCGUAGCCACUGCAAUUUUGGAUUCUGGCGACACCUCAUCUACUCGUGUAUACGUGUAUCUGAGAAUCCGAGACCAAACCGAGACAAUCGUCUUUUUUGUAUGACACUACCCCAAAGUCUUCUUAAAUGGUUUGGAAUCAAGCAAACAUAUGAUCUAAAAAAAAGACAUUCUCAAGCUCAAAAGUUGCUAAAACAAAUGUGCACAUCACUACGAGAUAUCAUGGCCAAGAACGAGAUCAGGUGGAAAGAAACAGUCUAUGAAGCACUACUUGAAGCGGCGAAGAGUGGGAACAGGGAUUUUUUCAUCGAGAUUAUCAAAUGUAACUCUCAACUUCUUUGGAUCUUGAACCCUACCUCUGGCCGAAACCUCUUUCAGCUGGCCGUUGAAUUCAAGAAAGAGAAGAUCUUUAAUCUCAUACAUGGUUUAGAUGAUAGAAAGGUCACGCUUCUUAGAUCUUACGACAAAGGAAACAAUAACAUUCUCCAUAUCGCCGGUCGUCUCUCUACUCCCGACCAACUUUCUAAGAUUUCUGGAGCUGCUCUCAAGAUGCAAAGAGAGUCUCAAUGGUUUAAGGAAGUAGAGAGCUUGGUAUCAGAACGUGAAGUAGUGCAAAAAAACAAGGACAACAAGACCCCGCGACAAAUAUUCGAACAUUAUCACGAACAUCUACGAAAAGAAGGAGAAGAAUGGAUGAAAUACACUGCCACUGCUUGUAGCUUCGUGGCGGCUCUCAUUGCAACUGUCACUUUUCAAGCCAUAUUCACUGUUCCUGGAGGUAUUGAUGGAACUUCGGGUUCACCUCUUAUUCUUAAUGACUUACAUUUCAGAGCGUUCAUUUUCACAGACACUCUCGCCUUCUUCGCCUCCUGCAUCUCUGUGCUCAUAUUCCUCAGCAUUCUGACCUCAAGAUACUCUUUUGAUGACUUCAUUGUAUCACUUCCUAGAAAGAUGAUAUUGGGUCAAUCCAUUCUGUUUAUCUCUAUUGCCUCAAUGCUUGUUGCAUUUAUCACGUCGCUUUCCGCGUCAAUGCGUCACAAGCCAGCGCUUGUAUACCCACUGAAGCCACUCGCCAGCUUCCCAUCGCUUCUCUUCUUGAUGUUGCAAUAUCCUCUUCUCAAGGAGAUGAUUUCUUCCACCUAUGGCAAACGACUUUUCUACCGCGAUACAAAGAACUGGCUACCAUAAGAAGAUAUUACAGAAGGAUGUCGCCAAAAUCAGAAAGCCGUGGUCGUCUAGAGGAUGUAAUGUUUGUGUUUCAACGGGUACUUCUUUGUUGUGUUAGUCCCAUUUGUGUGUGGAGUUGUGGCAAUAAAAGGCAAAG